AUGCGUGAUACCAAGAAGGAAGUUGAACAACUUUGUCUCAAACUAGAAGAAUCAACUAAACUCAAACGGAAUGGAAAAUGUAUAAAGUUCACCAAUACCGCUCACAACACAACUACACCCAUAGAUUCAUGGAAAUUUCUUGAUUUCGAUUAUGGUAAGGAUAAAGUACAACUACCGAUCCAAGCCAGAGGACUAUUCACAACAGAUAACAACUCAAUAGUUGUGCGUGGAUACGACAAAUUCUUCAAUGUUGAUGAAAAGAGUUUCACCAAGGAAGCGGAGUUGAAGAAAUCAACAACUGGGCCCUAUGAUGUCACAUUGAAAGAAAAUGGAUGUAUAAUUUUCAUCAGCGGUUUGGCUAGUGGUGACAUUCUUGUUUGUUCCAAACAUUCAACCGGUGUGAGAGAUGAUAAUACAAGAAAUCAUGCGCUUGAAGGUGAAGCCCACUUGCGUCAACAAUUAGGUGAGGAGCGAGUUGGGGAAUUGGCUCGUUAUUUGCAUAAACACAACUUGACUGCAGUGACAGAGUUGUGCGAUGACGAGUUUGAAGAACAUGUCUUGCCGUACCCCAAGGAUAAAUCGGGAUUGUAUCUACAUGGACUAAAUUACAACACAAUCAAGUUUCAAACUGUGCCCAUUAGCGACGUGGUGAAAUUUGCCCAAGAUUGGGGGUUCAAAACCAUUGAGUACCUUCUGUUUGACAAUGUCGAUGAGCUUUUCCAAUUUUUGCACAAAUGUAGCGAGACAGGCACGUAUAAUGGUCGUGAAGUUGAAGGGUUUGUCAUUCGCUGCAAAAGAAAUGGCGAAGAUUUCUUUUUCAAGUACAAGUUUGAGGAACCAUAUUUGCUAUAUCGUCAAUUUCGUGAAGUUACUAGACAGAUGUUGGGGGGAACUCCAGCACCGUCAAUCAAAAUCAAGAAAAACAAGUACAUUACUAAAAAAUAUCUUGAGUUUGUUGAAAAGUUGUUUGCAGAGAAGCCGGAUUUGAAAGAAAGUUUCAACCUCGGACAUGGAAUCAUCCAUGUUCGUCAAUUGUUUUUGCAGGAUUUACACGAGACAAAUGGUAUGAACUUGCUUUCUAUUGAUGCAAAACUCACUGAAGAAGUGAGGAAAUUGAAGUUGGAUAAUGGGGGUGUUGAUGAAGAGACAACGUUUCUUCUUGUGUCGAUUUCGACGUUGGGUUGUGGCAAGACAACAGUGUUUAAUACUCUACACUCAUUGUUUCCCGAUUGGAUCCAUAUACAGAAUGACAAUGUUGGUAAGAAUGCUAAAGUGAAAAUUACAGAUUUGGCGUUACAAGCAUUGGAUAAUUACCCAGUGGUGAUUUUUGAUAGAAACAAUUCCGAGUUCAGAGAGAGGAAACAAAUAUUCACCACUAUUGCCGAAAAGAGACACUUGUACUUGGAUGAAAGGAAGGAAAUCAAGUAUAUUGGAAUCAAUUUUGUCAAUGAUAUAAGUGAAGAUGAGUUGUGGAGAAUAACGUUUAACAGGGUCAAGGAAAGAGGCGACAAUCAUCAGCUGUUGAAAGCUGCAUCGGAUGAGGAGUUGACGACCAAAGUCAUGAAAGGGUUUAUGUCUCGAUUCCAGCCAGUCGACACCAAACGUUUCCCUGAUUCUCAAUUUGAUCAUGUGAUUAAUCUCAAAUUGAAUGAAAAUGAUUCCUCUUUGGCAAAUGUCAAGAUCAUUAUUGAUGAAUUGUCACGAGAGUAUCCUCAGUUGAUCAAGAAUAGACCAAGUGAUGAAGAAAUCGAAACCAAGUUUAAAAAAAGUUUGGAAUACAAGCCAACGUUUACAAAGGAUAUGACCUCUUCAAACAAAAAAAAGGACCCCACAUACUACGGAAUUGCAAUCCACCGUCAAAACAUGUUAGAUUCGCUCAAUGAACUCGAUAAAAAUCCGGAGUACAACAAGUUGAAGGAUGAGUGUUUGGUUCAAGAAUCUUUCCAUGUAACAUUGGCCCACGUUGCCAGUGCCAGGGGUGCUGAAAGAAAAGCCAAGUGGAAAAAGAUUAAAGCCACUUUUGGCAAAGGUGAAGGUAAACAAGGAGAAAAGGAGUAUCUUGAAUUCCAUGCAAGGGUCAAACUCAUUCAAUUUGUAAUCAAUAGGGGCAAAUUGGUCUGCAUCAAGUGUGAAGUCGUGUCAAUACACGACAACAAAAGCAAUCAAGUGGUGGAUAUCGAAGCUAUAAAUAGACAUAUGCAUGUGACCAUUGGGUGUUUCCCACCGACGAAAGCAGUGGAGUCUAAUGCCACCUUGGAGGAGUUGUACAGAGAUGACGUGCAUGAUGUGAAACCAGACGGUGUUUACCAAGUCGCAGAAGAUGUGAUUGAAGUGAAGAAUUUAGUCAAUCCUGUUGAGUUGGGGGAUCAGAAGGUGUUUGUGUAUUAUUAG